GACUUAUCUUCGUGGGUUUAAUCCAAGGAUUCCUUUCUUUGUCCUCAACUGCUCAGAUUCACAUGAGCAAAUGUUUUAGAGAGAGAAAGGGAGGGAGGUUUAUGCUCCUAAUUUUAUAGAGAGAGAGGGAGAGAAGAGUAUUUGUAGUUCCAACAAACCGAACUUUGUGCAGAUUCAAUUAUAAUCCAUGGCUUCAUCCUUCAACUCCCCAUUUUGCAAUCAUCUGUCCAUUUCAACACACCAACACAAGCUCACCCAGUGUAACAAAAUAACACGCCCGUCUGGAAAUUCACUGUUCUACAAUAAUGGACUCACCCCACUUCGAAAUCUAGGGCCUUACGGAUUCCAUUCUCUCGGAGCCAUGGCCUAUGGUUCCACUACUCCCAAGAAACAGAUGGAGAUAGUUUAUGAUCCAAAUGAAAGAAUAGAAAGGCUAGAAGAUGAGGUGGAUAAGGAAGCAGGACUUCAAAGGCUGUCUCUCUUUUCUCCUUGUAAGAUCAAUGUGUUUUUACGAAUAACAAGCAGGAGGCAAGAUGGAUAUCAUGAUCUGGCUUCUCUUUUCCAUGUGAUAAGUUUGGGAGAUACAAUAAAGUUCUCUUUGUCGCCUACAAAGAGCAAGGACCGCCUUUCGACAAAUGUCCCUGGAGUCCCUCUUGAUGACAAGAAUUUGAUAAUCAAGGCGCUUAAUUUGUACAGGAAAAAGACAGGAAGCGACAAGUUCUUCUGGAUCCACCUUGAUAAAAAGGUGCCUACAGGUGCUGGACUUGGCGGAGGGAGCAGUAAUGCUGCGACUGCACUAUGGGCUGCCAACCAAUUUAGUGGGUGUCUUGCUAGUGAGCAAGAUCUUCAAGAAUGGUCAGGUGAAAUAGGUUCAGAUGUUCCAUUCUUCUUCUCUCAUGGAGCAGCAUACUGUACUGGUAGAGGUGAGGCUGUUCAAGAUAUUCCUUCACCCAUACCCCUGAACACACCAAUGGUUCUUAUAAAGCCACCACAGGCAUGCCCAACUGCUGAAGUGUACAAGCACUUCCGACUUGAACAAGCAAGCGCAGCUGACCCUUUGAUCUUGCUUGAAAAGAUAUCAAAAUCAGGAAUCUCUCAAGAUGUUUGUAUUAAUGACUUGGAGCCUCCGGCAUUUCAAGUCUUACCGUCCUUGAAAAAGUUGAAACAGCGAGUUCUUGCAGCUAGCCGUGGUCGGUACGAAGCUGUUUUCAUGUCAGGAAGCCUUGAGCUGAAACCUUUUAAUGGAGUAGUCCCUCAUAUGCGAGAUCAAGCCCAUAAUAUUACUUCACCAAGUGGAAGCACAAUCGUAGGAAUUGGUGAUCCCGAACCCCCCCAAUUCAUCUAUGAUGAAGAGGAUUACCAGGACGUUUUUGUAUCCGAAGCACGCUUUCUUACUCGGCCAGAGAAGCAUUGGUACACCAAGCCCAUUUCUUAUACAGACGAAUGCUAUCAAGAAGGCGGCGAACACAAAAGGAAGAACUGAAUCCCACGUUGAAAGAAUGCAACACAUCAUUCACUUGGAGACCUUGAACUUGAUAUAAAAGAUCCCUUUGCAUGUUAGACUUUAGCCACUUGAAUGAUUCUCCAGGGGCUAAAAUCCUUUAGCAUGUUUGGUUCAUGUCUUUGCUUAUAGAAAACCCUUUUAAAAGUCUCAAUUUUAGACUGGAGAACCCAAACACAUGCAUCUUUUUGUUAGACAUGCAAUUCAUUCGUGAAGUCUACCCAUCUUACUGUUCUCUCC